AUGUCGGCCAAGAGACGAAAGGUCGAUGCCCCAGGCACGCAGGUGAGCGCUCUCAGCGCCCUCGCAGCCCGGCGGCUGGCCUCUGCCGAGCCGAGCCCGUCCCCGGCAACGCCGCCGUCGAACCCGUUCAGCCCUUUGCUCCAGCGACGAGAGGCCACGGCGUCGCCCAAGAGGCUGGCCAGGACCCCGAAUCAGGGCCAGGAUGCGCGCCCCGAGUCCAAGGCCACUCAGACGUACUCGUCGUUUCGUCUCACAGCAAGCAACCACAGGAUACGUGCGGGAGUGACGGAGCUCAAGCUGGAGGACAGCGAGCGCUUCCUCGUCCUCGGCAGCUUUGGCCUGCGCGUCCUCGCCGGAGAGGUGACGGUCGCGGGAGCCACGCUUCGCCCCGGCGAAACCACCUACUGGGUGCACGCGCCGCACUGCCACGCGGUCCCGGUACUCAGGACGGCAGAGAAGACGAGGCUGGAGAUUCAUGGCGAUCCCAACGCCGAUGGCCUGCGCAGGCUCGGCAGGCUGUCCCCCCUGUUUCGCGGCAUCUGGAACGAGGACCAGCCCAAGCGCACCUUUCAGUUUCUCGGCACGUCCGAAGACGCACCGCCGAGGUCCGUCAUCCAGCCGCUGGCCUCGCCCCCCAAGUGGAACAGGAAGCUCCUGUCGCUGGUCGAAGCCGCGGCACGCGCGCCCUCUGCGACGCUCGUCUGCGGCCCCAAGGCGGCCGGCAAGUCGACCUUUUCGCGGCUCCUGACCAACCGGCUGCUCACCUCGGCCGGCGGAACCAAGGGCGUCGUCGUGCUGGACCUCGACCCGGGGCAGCCCGAGUACGCGCCGCCGGGGACGCUCUCGCUGGUGCACGUCGCGGCGCCCAACCUCGGCGCGCCGUUUACGCACCCCAGCCUCGACGACGGCGCGUACCGCGUGCUGCGGUGCCACUCGCUGGCGUCGGUCAACCCGGCGUCGGCCGCGGAGCUGCACCUCGAGUGCGCCAUGGACCUCUACGACGUCUACCGGCGCGCGCACCGCCACUGCCCCCUGAUUGUCAACACGCCGGGCUGGGUCCUCAGCCUCGGCCUGGAGCUGCUCGUGCAAAUCAUCACCAACAUCCGGCCCGAGGUCGUCUACAUGUCGGAGGAAGGGCCCGCGGAGACGGUCGACGCGCUCACCGAGGCGGCCCGGGACGGCUUCACGGCGCUGCCGUCGCAGCCCGCCGAGUUUGCGUCGCGCACGGCCGCGCACUUUCGCGACAUGCAGGCCAUGUCCUACUUUCACAGCGUGCCCGGCGGCCCGCGCCUGUCGUGGACGCCGUCGGCGCUGUCGGCAGCGCGCCCGCUCGUCGUGCACUACGCCCGGGGCGCCAUCCGCGGCAUCCUGCGCUACGACUACCAGUUGCAGGCGGACCUGCUCGCCGAGGCCAUCAACGGCGCGAUCCUGGCCGUCGUCGAGGUGGAGUCGCCCGAGGCCCUCCGCGGCCUGCCCGACGCGCGCCCGACGCCCGAGGGCCUGCCCUUUAUACCCAACCCCAACGACGUCGCCCUGGACCCGCGGCACUCGCGCACCAUCGGGCUCGCCCUCGUCCGCGGGGUCGACGCCGCGCAAAAGACGCUGCAGGUCCUGACGCCCAUGCCGGUGCAGCGGAUCGCCGACGCCCGCGCGCACGGCCACGACGUCGUCCUCGUCCACGGCAAGUUUGACGCCCCUACGUGGGCGUACACGGAGCACCUGCACGAGCAGGACACGGGCGAGGCCGUCGCCGAGCUCGAGGUCACCGACGAGGACACGAGCGACGACUCGUCCGAGGAGGCGGACAUGUCUGCGGACGUGGAGGGCGCGGUGCCCUGGGUCGAGGUGCUCCAGGGGAACCAGAAGCGGCCGGUCGGGUCGCGCGUGUGGCGAGUCCGCCGGGACCUGGGACGGGGGGACUAA